AUGGCGCAUUAUGCCGUCGACUGUUGGGAUGCUGAGCUGCUCAUCAGCUACGGGUGGAUAGAAUGCGUGGGUUGCGCGGAUCGAAGCGCUUACGACUUGACUGUUCACUCCAAAGAGACGGGCACACCGCUCACUGUCAAGGAAUAUCUACCCGAACCAUUCGAAAUCACGGAAUGGAAGGUUUCUCUAGAGGUGAAGCUCCUGGGACCUCGCUUCAAAGGCGAUGCGAAAAAGAUUGAGGCUGCUGUUCGGGCACUGGAUCAAGAGACGUUGGAAACUUUGGCUGCAGAAUUGGCCGAGAAGGCUUUAAUUUCUGUCGCGACUGCACAAAUACUCACUGGUGGAAGUACGACAACUGAGCUCACCGCGGAGAUUUGUUCUAUCAAGAAAAUUACUCGUGUUGAGAACAUGCCAAUGUAG